AUGUCCGACCAUCUUCCAUCAUCUACUAUUUUAUUCUCUCCAAUUACAUCUCCAAAUAAAAUAGUUGAACUUCAUUUAUUACGAUGUCAUAGACAAAUUUGUGUGAAUUUACCAAAUCUUACUAAUCUUAUUCUUACUGAUAGUCUCGAUUCAUUGAAUAGUUAUUCAUUUUCAAAUUUUCGUUUUACCACUGUUGAUUGGAUUGCAUUAUCUACACUUUCACAUUUACCAUUGAGUUCCUUACCAAUACUUUUAUAUGUUAUGUUUUUAUUGAUGUUACUUGAACAUGUUGGUUCCAAAGUUACAGCAACAGUGGUUAAGAUACCUAUUGAUGACUAUCC